AUGCGAAACUCUCCGUAUCAUGCGAUAGGAAAGUGGCUAGCAGAGAAACUCAAGCCCGUACAGCGUCAGCUAGCACCACGCAGCUACCGAGAUACCUUUGAAUUCAUUGACGACAUCAAAGACCUUAACGUCAAUGGCAUGGUGAUGUUCUCGCUAGACGUCUCAUCACUUUUUACAAACGUUCCGGUCACCGAGACAUUUGAUUACAUCUGUGAUUUUCUAUCUGCAAGUCAGCAGGAAAUAGGACUCCCGACGAAGGCACUCAAGGAACUGUUACUAAAAUGCACAUUAAAUGUGCAGUUCCUGUUCGACAACCAACUUUAUAGACAAGUAGACGGCGUUGCUAUGGGCUCACCCCUUGGACCUCUCCUAGCGGAUGUCUUCAUGGGCAAAUUAGAGCGAUUCCAACUAAGCGAUCAGAUCGAUAAGCUUAAACAUUACGGUCGCUACGUUGAUGAUAUAUUUGCAAUUGCCACUGCAGAAGCCGACGUACCUACCCUUUUGGAUGCGGCAAAUCAGGCACAUCCGUCGAUCAAAUUCACGCUGGAGAUCGAAACGGCCGGUUCGCUCCCUUUCUUAGAUGUUCUUCUAAGCAGGAGACCUGACGGCAGUGUCCGAAGAAGCGUCUAUCGGAAGAAAACCUGGUCUGGACAAUACACGAAAUUUGCCAGUUUCGUACCCCUCCAACAAAAACGAAAUCUAGUCCGAUGUCUGGCGCAAAGAGCAAGAAACAUUUGCUCAACAGAUAGCAUCGAGGAGGAGCUCAGAAAAAUCCAGGACUUCCUUCGAGAAAACGGGUAUCCUGACAGGUUCAUUGCAAAGAACAUUGUCGAAUGA